AUGAAACCUCAAAUUCACACACUUGAAGACGCUCCAUCAGGAUCUGCGGGCUGUUCGAAACCUGCUGCACCCAAGUUAGAUGAGCCUGAAACGUCCUCAUUAAUUGGUCGACAUCUUUCCCCAAGAACCUCCGAGGACUCGUUUCGCGAUGAAGACGCCUCCGUCAGUCCUGGCCGUGACUCACUAUAUGCAGAUGUUCGUGGCUGGUCGAUGAUUCCCACUGUGGAGUUUUGGCAGCUGUUUGUACUUCUAGGGUUGUUUACGCGCAUUGGAUUGAUGACGAUAAAGCGAAAGCGCUGUGGAAGCACUAUGACGAUAGUGCGGAUUCCGAAUUCAUCCAAAAACAACAGAUGA